AGAUUGAAAACAAAAUUGGUGGCUACUUCGUAAGAUCGGCCAAUUUGUGGAAGAGAACAGUUUAAUUAACAGUAGACGGGUGACAGUCAGAAGAGUGUCAUUGAGCACAGACACAAAAAGAAUAAAGCUUCAAUAAUGUACAAAGCUUUACUGUUUGUAGUGGUAUUAUUUUGUUUAAUUAAUUAUGGUUUUGGAGGAACAGUUGAACCUGAAGCAUCAAAUGUAACAGUGAUACGUGGUAAAAUGCUAGAAAUAAGUUGGACAGUAAGUCCCACAGCUGGUGAACGUGUCAUUGGUUUGCAAGUAUAUGUGUUGCCCAACAUCACUUCUGAAAUAUUAACUGGUAGCAGUCCACUUGCGUCAGUUUAUGCAGACACUUUAUUUGGUGUUGGUAGAUUGUCUGCUACAUUUAGUGGCUCGACAUACAAAUUGAUGUUAAAGAAUGUAAGUUACACUGAUAGUGUAACAUUUCAACUUCAAGCAAUUUUUCUCAUUGGCACUAAACCUGAUGUCAAAACAUCCGAAAUUCAGGUUACUGUUAAUGGCAAACCAAGUUGGUGUGGUAUGGCAUUGGAAUCAAAUUACUCAGUAAUUGAAACCAAAACUUUAACAGUUAGGCAAGGCAUUUGUGGCUAUCCGAAACCUGAUGGUAAAUGGAGAGUAGGAGAAGACAACUUUGAAAAGUCAUACAAUGUAAGCGUAAUUAACACUGCAACAAGACAUUAUGAAUAUACUUUCAAAACUCGAAGUAUCAGCCGUACAGAUUGUGGAAAAAAUAUAACUUUUUCUGCAAAUAACACAUUAGGAAGUGUGACAAGAAAUGCUGCAAUUGAUGUUACAUUUAAACCUUUAAAUGUUUUAUUUGAAGAAUCAUACAGACACAAUGCAAGUUGCAUUUAUGUCGCCUGGUGUGGGGAAGAUACUGGAAACUGUAUUAUGAAUUACCAUUUGCAAUUUCUUGAUAAAGGGAUUAUUUACAACACUUUCACCACUCCCAACACAAAUUUUACUUUAUGCAAUGCAACAGUUACUUCCAUCGUUACCAAUGUUAGUAUAUGGGCAUCAUACAAAGGAAGUAUUGGACAAAAAAAUACUAGUGAGAUUAGCACUAAACCUCCAACAACAACAACAACAACAACAACAACAAAAGUCCCGAUAACUUCAAAAAGUAAGACAACAGGCAGUAUGAAUAGUAAGGCAACAACUAAGGGAACGGCUAUUACAAAAAGUGGUGAUGGCAGCAACAUUGGUUUAAUUAUUGCCAUUGUGGGUGGAAUUCUAAUUGUAAUCAUCAUCAUUAUCAUUGUCGUGUGUGUAUUGAAACAUAAAAAAAAGAAUGGCACAGGAAAUCAUAGUGGAUAUGCCAUGCGUGUGACAGGGGAAGAGAAUAAUUAUGUUACCGAUCCAACUAAUUUAAACAGACGUCAGCCAGCUAAUCCAGAUGAUCCUGAGCAAGCAAUCUACUCCGAACUUGGUCCAGGCGGAGGUAGAACUGGUCCCCGACCUGCACCGGAACAAUCAGAUUACGCUGAAAUGAAAGUAGAUGCUAUGGGCUAUCCUAUUGAUGGUGCCAAAGCUAGUGAGCCCCCUACAUAUGCGCCAGUUAUUAAGCCUAGAGAGGGAGCCAAACGACGUACACCAUCGCCACCACGUAGCAAUGUCGAUGGAGCUCGGGCUGCUGCUAGCACAGAACCACCUGCUUAUGCCCCAAUUAUGAAAAACAAAAGUUCGUCUAGAGGGCGUUCACCACCACCAGAUGAGGAUGAUCAUGAAGGUGUGAUUGUUUAAGCAGAGGCUGUCACGUGGAUAAGUGCAAUAUCGAUCGCUGGAUGCAAACUAUUUUUGUAGUAUAAAUAUUAUAUAUUGAUAUAAAUAUCAAUUUAAAUACGUUUAUGUGUCUUGGAAUCCCGUGCAUUUAUUAGUUUUUAUCUUGUUGCAGUUUAUUGUAAAACGGGCGAUUUUCAAAUUGAUAGAUUGAUGCUUACCAAAAACCAAUCCAUAACUUUCUAUCUUGUGCAAAUUUAUGGGGUCAUAUUUUUUUGUGAAUAGAAAAGUUACAUUUAAAAGAUAGAAACCGUAUUUGAAGUUGUUGUAUUUGUUCUAUAUAGUUUUUGGCACGUUUGAAUUCGAAAUCUGAAAUUUACUUUUCUGUCAAUAAUGCUGAACCAGCCAGCUCUGUUUUUAAAGUUUUAAUAGCGAGAUUUUAUGUUAAAAGUCCAAGAAUGAAAGCUAUUGCAACAAUGCAGGAUUCUGGCGAAUUAAUAAAAUCACAUUCCGUAAAAAAAUUCUACAGAGUGAGAAUAUUCCAUAAUAAAUUAAGUUUUCUUUUUACUAUACAUGCAAAGAGCAAAAAUUGUGUCAUUUUAUGUACAGCUGUGUUGCUAAUUUUGAUAAAAGAUCUCGUUGUUUAUAGAUAAGAUAAUUUUUUUAAUUUUGUUAUUGAUUUUUAUAUUUACUUGAGUCAAUUUUCAAUUUUAGUUCUGCUAAGAGCAAUAUCGUUUAAAUGUUUCAUGUAACAUUAACAGAAAUAACAUUUAUUGAUCUCAUUUUCAUAUUGUUUUGAUUAACGAACUUAUGUAUAUAGCUUUAUUAGAGAUUCUGUAUCUUUGUAGAGGGUGGGUGUAUGGUAUUUUCAACUUCUUUUUUUUCUUGAUUCAACUUGUGGUAGCCUAAAGUUAGUUUUAUGUGAUACUUUUGUGUAGAUCUGUUGUAAGAUGUAUUUAGUACUAUUUCCAUUCCAUUUUCUUUUUACGGCACCAUAAAUAGAAUUUUUAGUAGCAUUUCUGUGAGGGAAUGGGUAAUAUGGUAUUUUCGUAAUUUUUGUAGAUCUUAAACUGAUUAGAAGUUUAUUUUAUGGAUAAUUUUAUGUAAGGUGAUUUUAUAAUAAAACGAUGUAGUUGUAAAA